CUGACGCUACUAUGUUUGUACCUGCAAAUCGCCGUAGGUCAGAGCUCAUCAGGGACAUUACAGACAAGGAUGUUUCUGAAAUGUCAUAAAAAAUGAUAUAUAUUUUUCCUUGUGUAAGAUAUUGCUAUUAUCGCUUCUGAGGUGGAUGUCUGCGGGAUCAUUAUGCCAUGUGGCUAGGCUACGCCAUCUCUCCCUAGCCCUCCACAGGCAGUUCCUCAGGGCUCGGCAUCUGCACAACGCUUAUGGAGAACCUGAAACGGAGGGACUCGAUGAGGAGGACAGGAAGGAAGGGGUACUUCCCGGGGGCUACAGGUUACAGUACAACCCCUCCUCUUACUAUCGGCCCCAGCAUGACCCUGGAGCCUCCCUGAGCAGGUUGGAGAUGGAGGAGCAGUGUCAGUCCACCGUCACCUCUGCCUUCAGGCAGCAGAGUAACCGCUACAGUGUCAGCUCCUCACGCCGCCUAUCCAGCACCAAGAACACUCUGCUGGACCUGGCCUUCAACAGAGGCACUGGGGCUAAGGCAGAAAGGGCACCCCCCUACCGCACAGAACCCCUAACCCCAGACGUCAAAGGCGACCCCCGUGCCUUCCAGACAUGCCGCCCAGAGUACUCAGCCAUGACCCUUGACCUGUCCCAGCGGCCUGCCCCAGUCCAUUCCAAGCAGGCCUUUUUCCUGCUGCACAAAGUGACCGUCCUGAAGGGCAGCAUGGACCCUGUGGACGUAACCGGUUUCCUCACCAAGCUUAGCCACCUGCACCCUGACCAGACACCUUUAGUGAGGGGUGACACGCGUUUCAUCAUGCUGCUCCGCUACUCAGUGGAAAACCUGAGUCACUUCAGUCACUCCCAGCUACUGAAGGUGCUGAGGUCUUUUGUUUGGCUGGGCCUGCCCCCCACUCACAGCAUGCUGGGGCUGUAUGAGGCUGAGCUGGGCCGCAGGGCCGGGGAGAUGGGCCUCCACCAGCUGCUGUUGGCCGCAGACCUGUGGCGCUGCCUGGGGAGGUCUGUGCCUCAGUACCUGCAGUGCCUGUAUGACUGCGCCAGCCUGCACUUAGGCCAGGUAGGUGUCCCUGAGAUAGUCCAACUUCUGUAUGUGAUGGGGGAGGGCAGGCACUGCCCCAAAGAGCUAGUUCACCCCUUAGAGCAGAUACUGAUGCGUCACCUGGACCAGCUGGAGCCAGAGGAGGUAGGUGCUGUGUGCCUGGGCCUGUUCAAGUCCCAGACAGCUCUCUCGGAAGGAGCGGUGAACCGGCUGGUGGACAGAGCCCACUCGGUUGUGUAUGAGAUGAGUGACUUUGCCAUGGUGAACGUGAUGAAGCUGCUGCGUUUUAGCUACCUGGACCAUCGGGCUUGGCUUGAGGUCAUGGCGCAUGAGGUGCCUCGCCGCGCCCCCAGCAUGGGCGUCCAGGGGCUGAUGCAUGUGGCACUAGCCUGCUCGUCCCUGCAUUACCGCAACGAACGCAUCCUCCUGGCUGUUGCUGAGCGCCUGCCGUCGUUAGCGCCACACUGUCGGAGCAAAGACUCAGGCAAGCUGAUAUGGGCCUUUGGGACCCUAGGUGUCCUGCCCAGCCAGUGCCCUAACUUCUACCCCAGCCUCAUUGAGGCCCUCCGGCAGAGAGAGGCUGAGUUCCAGCGCUAUCCUGAGCACCUCCUAACAGGGCUCCUCGGUCUGGCUUUCAUCUGUCACCUCCCUGAGGACCUUGUGGAGUUAGCUUUGAGCCCCGAGUUUGUUAGCCUAGCCACCAGGUCCAAACAGCAGGAUCUGAAGAAAGACUUGUUCACUCUGGAUGGGACGGUGGCGUUGGAGCUGCCUCACUGGACUGGCCCGCGGCUGAGUAGAGAGCUGCGGGAGGAGACAACAGAGAUUCUGUGGCGCUUUGCCCAGAAGGACGUGUGUCAGAAGGUUGAGGUCCUGGAGGCAGAGGCCGUGUUACGGGACCUUCUGGGUGGAGAGGAGUUUGUGAGCAAACGAAUGAUCCUGCCUCACACCCGCUCCAUCGACCUGGAGGUGCAUUUGAACCCUGUCGGACAGCCGCUACCUGUGACCUCAGCGCAGACAUACCCCAUUUCCUCCCAGGAUUGGAGCACUUCUUCUGGCUCUUCUACUCAGGGCUGGGAGAAGAUCAACACAGGAGUCACUCUCACCAAGGACCUUUUGACUCAACUUACCAAUGGCAGAAAGACCCCCCUUCCCCCAACCCAAGCUUCUAAGCUGCCCCUCCGAAGGACAGAGCCGGAUGAGGGAGGGGGGCUGUUCAGUGUGGGAGUCGACCUGACGGACGGGCUUGUGGGGGCUCUGACCAAACGUAACAACCCAGACCCACUCCCCAGGGACUCCCACAAAGCCUCCAUAGCCCCCAUCAGACUGGCCAUUCAGGUGACGAACAGGAACCACUACUGCUACCGCUCUCCACAGCUGCUGGGGCUGCACGCCAUGAAAAGGAGGCAGCUGAAGCUGACUGGAUACCAAGUGGUGGAGCUGCCUUACCGUGAGUGGUUCCCUCUGCUGAGGCGAACCCACGCUGAGAAACUGGCCUAUAUGCACUGCAAGGUUUACGGCACCCUUGACUGACGUGUUCACAUGUUGAAGGGCUAGGUGGAGAUUAACAUUUUAGCUAACACCUAUCCAGUGCUUUUAGAUCUCUGAACACUGAAGUGGUAGAGGCUAGGAACCCGAAAUGAAACCAGGCCCAAGGCUUACCAGGACAGUGGUUUUUUUUUGUAAGCUUAUGGGCAAUCCUUGUUGAGAGGCUGUUGAAUAUAAUGUGUCAGAUUUUUACCUUGUCAGCUCAGGGAUUCGAUCCAGCAACCUUUCGGUUACUGGCCAAACACUCUAACCACUAGGCUGCCUGCCACCCCUGAUCAGUGUGAGAGGUGUCAAAAAUAAAUGUUAUGACUGCAAGAUUUUGAACGGCAGCCAAACAUGACUUCUGCAUGUUCUUCAUGUGUGGGAUGGAAUUUUUUUGUUGCUAGGCCUGAGCUAAAUGGUAAAAGAGGAUCUAUUAAGCGACCGUAAUGAAUGAAUACUUUGAAUGUACAGUACAUAUCACUUCCUCACUGUUGACAUGUUUGCAGUAUUCCAUUAAAAACCGCUUCAGAGAA